AUGGUGUGGACAAACUUUGCAGAGUUACGUGAGCAGGUGGCAACAAGUAAAGCGCUAACAUGUGACAUUAUAGUGAAAGGUCAAUUAAUGCAUCGACGAUGCAUAAGUCGAAAAUGCUCGUUCUUCGACAUGGCAUCGGUGUUGACAAAUUCGGAUGGCGAGCGAGACUGGCUUGAGGUUAUCCUCAAGGUCAUCGACGACGAAUUGUCAGUAGACAGAAUUGACACCAUCCGAUACCAAAUCAAAGUUGGGGAUACUAUCAACGUCCGAGGAUUUAUGGAGCGUCUGACAAAUGGCACAUUGUUACUUCACGCGCGCGAUAUUAUCGUUGACCGAGCGUGGAAAGAUGAAUUUCCUGAAGUGACUUUUGUUCCCUUGCUAACGGCUUUAAUGAAUAAACGGCUAUUAAAUGAUGAGGAUAAACAAGGUGAUGGUGUAGAAAAUGACGCACGGUCUGGUACACAAAAAAGUGUUGUUCGAGCUAUUGGCGAACAAAUGCACUGCAAGUUCUGGAUCAAUUCGAAAACAUGUCAAUACGGAGACAGUUGCAAGUUUGUCCAUGUCAGCGAUGCCGAUAUAAAAACUGUGCGCGCAAAGUGGAUAAAAGAGCGAUUGCAUUCCAAACGAAGUCGAGCUCACAUAAUUGAAGACCCGUUGGAUCCGCAUGGUAAAACAGGAAAGCAGCAACGUGCACAAGUAUUUGUAGAUUGGUUGGUUAAGAUAUUCGGGAUGAAGUUUCUUGCGUCCGGCAAAGGAGUCUUAGAUAUUGCAGGUGGUAGAGGUAGUGUCUCUUUUGAGUUGUGGAACAAGCGGGGAUUGCCGUGCACCCUCAUCGAACCGCGACCGAUGAAGCUAUCGAAACAACAACACAAUUACUUAAAAUUGAAGCACAAACAAUCUGGUGGAGCAAAUGCAUCAGCAAAUGAGACACUUGUGCCGCAAGUUGCAGCAUUCUUCAACGAGAAUUCUUUUUUGGAAAAUAUGGAAAAUCUUCAACUUAUCGAGCAAGCUUCGCUUCUUCUAGGCAUGCACCCGGACCAGGCCACCGAUUCUAUUUUGGACGUAGCCAUUAAGUUCAACAAGCCUUUCGCAGUGGUGCCGUGCUGCGUCUUUGGACAGAACUUUCCAGAUCGAAGACUUGUAGAUGGUAGCAAAGUCUUGUCAUACGAGCACCUGGUUGAGUACCUGACCGCUAAACAUCCCGAUAUCGAAAAAGCAUUUCUACCUUUCGAUGGAAAGAAUUUGGUGCUCUAUCGACGUCCUUACUUGACCGAGUAG